GGCGUGACGUCACCUCGCGUCAUCGCCCGUCACCUUUCAUGUUUGCCAUGCUGUGUGUCUGAAUGAAGUCUGUUUAAUGUCUUUAGCAAUCUUAGACAGCGGUUUCCUUUUAAACAAUCGUUUGUGCCCGGAUUACGAUGUCUGUAAUAAGAUUUAUUCUAAAGACGGUGGUGGUUCUCGGGUUUCUGGUGUUGUCAGUUCAGUUUAUAAGGUACUGGAUGGCAAAUAAACAAUAUGUCUUUACAAAAGAAGAUGUUGCCAAGUUAGCAAGGCAGUAUGCAGGCCAGGACCACGAGCAGGCCUUCUCUAAGGUGGUGGUGGAGCUGAGGAAGAGGUAUCCGGGUCACAUCCUGCCCGAUGAGGACCUGCAGUGGGUGUUCGUGAACGCCGGCGGCUGGAUGGGCUCCAUGUGUCUGCUGCACGCUUCUCUCACAGAGUACGUGCUGCUGUUCGGGACGGCUGUGGACACGGGCGGACAUUCAGGUCGUUACUGGGCAGAAAUAUCAGACACCAUCAUUUCCGGAACGUUCAGGCAAUGGAAAGAAGGAACCACUAAAAGCGAGACGUACUAUCCAGGGGAAACUAUCGUGCACGCGGCGGGAGAAGCCACAUCAGUGCAGUGGAGCGCCGGGACGUGGAUGGUGGAGUACGGCCGAGGAUUCAUUCCCUCCACGCUGGGUUUCGCUCUGGCCGACACCGUCUUCAGCACCCAGGACUUUUUAACACUGUUUUAUACCGUACGCGUGUAUGUGAAGAGUAUGAUCCUGGAGGCUAGCACUUUCCUCACCGACACCGGCGUCCUCUGAAAGAGGAGAACCGGCGGCUCGUCGUAUUGGAUGUAUGGAAAGCACUUAAUGUAAUCACUUUUCCAGCUAUUAAAGGUUUUAUUUUCCGUACUGUACAAAGAGUUUAUCAAACGUCUUUUCUAAAGGUAAAACACAUUUUCGAUCAACACCCUGUUUGUGGUCCGGUGUCUGUGUUUGAAUGUGGCGAGAUGUUUUAGCAGCUCAAUACUGUCCAGAAACGGUUAUUACGAGGUAUGGGGGGGAAUAAAGAAAAUUCAAAAGGUAGCUUUCUGUAUUUCCAGAUCACACUCUUUGCACCUUUAAUAUACUGUGAAUAUUAAUUGUUGCUUUAUUUUUCAUAAGAUACAUUGUUCAAAAUCUGUCCAAUCUGUUCAGCCUGCAGUCGCUUCCAGAAUAAACCUAUUAAUUAGUAUUGUU